CUGUCUUAUGUAUCUCUGUGGGGGAGUUUUUUGUUUGUGUUACGGUGUCUGAGAAGAGAGAGAAUAAGAAAGUUAAAAAACAAGCAAAAAAAAGCAGAAGGGUAUCUCUUUUCCCUCUCCCACUCCUUCCCCACUCUAUCUAUCUCUUCUUUCAAGUCUUUUCCUUGUGUGAGAAAGGAAUAGAGAGAGAGAGAGAGAGAAAGUUUGUGUGGCUUGUUUAUAAGAAAUGCAGCAGCACCUGAUGCAGAUGCAGCCCAUGAUGGCAGCCUAUUAUCCCAACAACGUCACAACUGAUCACAUUCAACAGUAUCUAGACGAGAACAAGUCAUUGAUUUUGAAGAUUGUUGAGAGCCAGAAUUCAGGGAAACUGAGCGAGUGUGCAGAGAACCAAGCAAGGCUGCAGCGGAACCUCAUGUAUCUGGCCGCUAUUGCAGACUCUCAACCCCAACCACCUAGCAUGCAUGGCCAGUUCCCCUCCGGUGGCAUUAUGCAGCCAGGAUCUCACUACAUGCAGCACCAACAAGCUCAACAGAUGACUCCACAAUCACUUAUGGCUGCACGAUCCUCCAUGUUGUACAGCCAACAGCCAUUGUCAGCAUUGCAACAACAGCAAGUCUUCCAUGGUCAGCUUGGCAUGAGCUCCGGUGGAAGCACGGGACUUCACAUGCUGCAGAGUGAAGGUAGUACUGCAGGAGGCAAUGGGUCACUUGGGGCAGGAGGAUUUCCUGAUUUUAGUCGUGGCUCUUCUGGAGAAGGCUUGCACGGUAGGGGACUAGCUGGAGGGAGCAAGCAAGAUAUGGGGAGUGCUGGAUCCGCUGAUGGGCGAGGAGGGAGCUCUGGAGGGCCAGAUGGUGGUGAAACCAUUUACUUGAAAGGGGCUGAUGAUGGGAAUUGAGAGGUAAGAUUGGUGAAUCUAGUGGUUUGUUAACAUCUGAGUUUAGGUUGAUUUAGUUAGACGAAUUUAGAAGGAAAAUAUG